AUGCUAGAUGAAAGUGCCGAUACGACCGAAAAGUAUUCUGAAAUAGAAAUAUCAAAUAUGUCAAAUAUAGCUAAAGUACCGCUAAAAAAAGCAGAAGUUAAAAACAUAUGUGGUUUAUCUGAAAUUAUUUGUGAGCAAUACCCUUCUGAUUUUGCAAAUUUUAAAGAUGUUAUAACGGUAGAAGAAAGACAAUUCAUUUUAUCUGUCGGUCCUUGUCGUCCUGAAGGACCUUUUCCUAAAGAAAUCAAAAACUUAGUUUACUGUCAACCUUGUUGGUUAUUUUUAAGCGAGAAAAAAAAUAGUGGUUGGAUACGAGGAAUAAAUGACUGGCAAGGACUUUCAAAAAAAAUAAAGAAACAUGAAAUUACUGAGGUUCACAUAAAUACUUGUUUUAUUUUGAAACAAUGGAAGGAGGAAAAAACAAUAGAUACUAUGUUACUCGAUAAUAUUCAAAAGGAACAAACAUUUUGGGAAAAAGUUUUAGAAAGACUUACUAAAAUAACAUUAAAAUUAGCUAAAAAUUGUAGUUCUUUUCGAGGGCAAAAUGGUUCACUUGAAGAUAUUUAUAAUGGUAAUUUUUUAUCAGAUGUUCAACUAUUAGCGGAAUAUGAUAUUGUUUUGAAAGAAGUGAUAUCUUUGCCUCGUGGCCAUGUUAAUUACUUAUCGCCUCAAAUUCAAAAUGAAAUUAUUUUUAACAAUCAAUCGGGAAGUGCUAUAUCAAAUCAAAUUAUUAAUAUACUAACAUCAUUUGGUCUUGAUUUGAAAAAAUGUAGGGGACAAGGUUAUAAUGGGGCAAGCAACAUGAGUAUAAUUUACUCUGGAGUACAAACAAGAAGAAAAGAAAUUGAAAAAAACGAAAUAUUUAAUCAUUGCGCGGCACACAAUUUAAAUUUAGUAAUAAAUCAUGCUAUGAAUGGGGUGCCAGAUAUUAGCAACUGCUUUUCUAGUAUACAAGAAAUAUAUACAUUUUUUGGUAUUAGCAUAAAUAGGUGGGACAUAUUAUCAAAAAUAACAGGAGAAUCAGAAGUCACGUUAAAAAAAUUAAAUCCUACACGCUGGGCGUCUCGUUUAUCAUCUUGUAUAGCCAUAAAACAAAGAUAUGUAGACGUAAUGAAAGCUUUAUCUAAAAUUAUUUUGGAAAGCAAUAAAAAAGCAGAAAUAGCACAAGCGACCGGUUUAAGAAAGAAAAUGGAUUGUUUAGAUUUUCUUUGCAUUUUGGUGUUAAUUAUUAAAAUAUUAGCACCAUUAAAUAUCGUUUCAAAAUUAUUAGAAUCUAAAAAUAUGGAUUUGGAUAAAGUUUGUUCAUUAUUAGAAACUGGAAUAAAAGAAAUAAAAUCACUGCGCAAUAAUUUUGAUGAUAUUCUUGCAAAAGCGAAAGCUCUUGCUAUAAAGUGGAAUAUAGUUCCAACUUUUAAACAAUCACAAAUAAAACGAACAAAAAAACUGUUUGAUGACGGUGGCGUAAAUUUUCGUUUUGAAACGGCUGAACAUCAAUUUAAAGUUGAUGUAUUUAACACAGUUAUAAAUAUUGUUACAAAUCAGAUAGACUCUCGUUUUACUUCCCUGAAAACAUAUGGAAAUUAA